UGGAUUCUCCAGGGGUAUUUUCCACAGGUAUUGGCGUCGGUUAGACGGUUAUUUAUAUCUAACAAGCGAAAAGAUCUUUAAAAUGCUAAUAAUAAUUUAGUAUGAAAGGUCAAACGAAUGCCGAACAAUUAAUGUCGGAGCAGAGACGAUAAAUCAAGAUGGAUGUCGACCACCCAAUAAUAAAAUAUCUUAUUUUUUGUCAAAAUUGUCGGAAUCUCUAUGAUAAGCAUACGAGAAAACCUCAACUAUUAUCGUGUCAGCAUUCGAUAUGUUUGUUUUGUGUUAGGGAAAAUGAACUAUUAGGAAAUUCUACUGGAUUAAUCUGCGAUUGCUGUGGAUUUUUUACAAAAUAUUCAUUUAUUACAACCGAUAAGACUGCUUUGAAUUUACAAAAACUAAUACGAAAUUCAAGAUCUGGAAUUAUAGUUGAUAUACCAAAUUCUAAGGAUUAUUGUUCUAUUUGCCAUAAUCCAAAAGAUAUAUUGCGUCAUAUCUGUAAUCAUUCAAUAUGUCAAGUGUGCUAUUCAAGAUUUCCAGAAUAUCAGAGUCUUCCCAAUCAAGUUUGUGGCCUAUGCAGAAAAGAAUCUAACGAAUCAAUUCUUGCUCUUCAAAAUCAAGAACGUCCACCUCCUUAUAAUCCCGAAUAUACUGGAAGAACAAGAUCUAGAACAUCAUUACCACCUGUAAGAAGGGAAAUAAUUGAUGUUCCUAUUCCGGGACGCCUUACUAGAAAUAUGUCGAUGAGAAUUCCAAGAAGCAGAAGCCGUAGCAGAACAGCGCCCGAGAGUUCUUUAUAUCCGAGCUUAAAGAAUCGUCCUGGUAUCGAAAUUUUAAGAUUUGGAAGAUUCUCUCAAAAUUCUAUUCAAGCUAACUGCUUUAAAAGUAUUUCGAAAUUAAGUGUCAACAAUUUAACUGGAUCUGUUGCUUGUCUUGAUAGUCAACUAAUGACUAUACAAAUAUUCUCUUCUUCUGGAACAUUUCAAUCAAUGUUUAGAUGUAUAGGAGCCAAAGAUAUCUGUUGGGAUGGUGAACAAAUUGCUAUAUUAACAAGUAGCUCAUUACAUCUCUAUUCAACUGACGGCGUUCAAUUCGAAUCGUCAAUUACAAAAAGAGUUUUAAGAAAUAUUAAAAAUGCUAGAUUUGGUACUAUUGGAGCGUCUCUUGAAUCGUUACAUUAUUUCUCUACAAGAACGCUUAAACCUCAAAGAGUUAUUAAAAGUUUUCGAACUAAAAGCUUUUUUAGACGAUCUACUCCUUUGUCUGACAUAAGAGACAUCUCAGUCGAUCUAAAUCGCAAUGUAUACGUUCUUAUUCGUUCAAAAAUUAUAUGUUUAGACGCCGAUGGGUUUUAUAAAUCAGAGAUAAACGAUAUACCAUUCAAUACACAAUUUAUAGCUGUUGAUCAGAAAAAGAAUAUCAUUUAUGGAGAUAGAUACGGUAUGGUGUUUCGUAUUUCGACAUCCGAUCAUCAUAAAGAACAAGUAAUCGAUUUAAAAGAAGAUAAUAUAGAAAUAAGAGGAAUGUGCUUGAACGAUGCAAGAAAUGUUUUAUUUUUAAGCAUUGGAAAUUCAAAUUUCGCAGAAAUUCGAGCUUAUGAACUUUCAAAACAAUCAUUUUAUUAAAAAAAUUCUAUUCUAUUAUUCGACCAUAAUUUUUUGGGUCUAUUUUUUUCUGUUGUUUUUUUUUUCCAUUUAUAAUUUAAUUUAUUCAAAUAGCCAUAAUAAUUAUAAUAAUCGUGUUUAUAUCGACUUUUUUUUAAACAUUAUUUUCGUAAUAUUUCAACAUAAAAACUUAGAAAGGCAAAAUAGAGAGAGAGAGAGAGAGAGAGAGCUAUAUAUAGAAUAUAUUGACAAAAAAGAAUGUUGUAUAUCUAUUCUAAAUCUAUUGAAAAACAACAACAAAAAAUAUUAACCCUGCUGUUACAUAUACGAAUUAUUUCGAUCUUGUUGCAUUUUUACUGUUUUUAAUGGUGUCUGAUAUCGUUUAAACAACUUUAUUGUUACAUAUUUUCGUUCUAAAAUAACAUGCUCAACUUUGUCUUUUUUUUUUAAUUUAGUAAUUAACUAUGCCACUGACACUGACAAUUUUAAAGGUCAUGUGAUUGUUAUAUCCGUUUAAAGGCAAUUGUUAUUGCAUAGACAAUUUCAAUUGCAAUUAGCUAUAAUUCAGUCUCUUUCUUAUCUAUGCAUGCAUUUAUAUUGUAGUUUUCUAUUCAAUUAGUUUUUAAUGGUUUCAAACCUAAAGUAUCUCUACAUUUACAAUUUUUGUUUUUCAAAUAUUUUCAUGCUUUUAUUAGUGUUUU